CUCAAAAGAUACAGUCAGCAGAAAUAUCUCAACAUAUGACAGAUGAACAAAAGAAGAAACAAAAGUGUAAACCCAUUAACAAAUAAAAGAUUUCAACCUCGGACAGCUCUUACAAGUUAAUCCACUUAAAAGGCUUUGAAAAAGAAGAGGACAAUAACCACCUACCCAGAUUUUGAAAAUAAACAUUAUCACAUUUCGCACCAGUACUUAUGAACUCAACAAUAAGCCUGCCAUACAUAUAUGGAGAAUGGCUUCCAUUGGGCUUGGAGAAAUAUUUUAUUUAUGCAGUCUUAGGGCCCAUACUGGCAUUAAUGGUAGUUCCAAUUUGGAUUUUUUUCUAUGUCUACCUAUCUGUUUUCAUUGUCCUGAUCUAUGAGAUGUCUAGUAAAGCUAAAGAAGAGGCCCAAAGAAGCUACUAUUUUAUUUUGGGACAUCUUUGGGACUUCUUUGGAAGAAUAUGGCAUGGUUAUGAAUUACAUGGAGUAGAAAAUCUACCAGACGGACCAGGCCUUAUUAUUUAUUAUCAUGCUGCACUUCCUAUAGAUUAUAUUUUCUUUCUAGCAAGGAUCUUUUUCCUGAAGAACAAAUUGUGUUGCUAUACAGUGGUCGAUCAUUUUGUCUUUAAAUUGCCAGGCUUAAAAAUGCUUGGCAGUAAAUUGAAAAUGAUAACUGGUUCAAAGGAAGAAUGUCUUCAUGGCCUGAAAAAUGGUGAUUGGGUGGCUAUUUCACCAGGAGGAACACGAGAAGCUAUCUUUAGUGAUGAAACCUAUAACAUUUUAUGGGGUAAACGCACAGGUUUUGCAAAAGUUGCUUUAGAAGCAAGAGUGCCCAUAAUACCAAUGUUUACAGAGAACGGUCGUGAGGGAUAUAAAAUACUUGGAAGAAUAAAACCACUAAGAGAUUUAUACGAAUAUUUUCGAUGGCCACUAAUUAUUUUGUAUGGAGGGUUUCCAGUGAAAUGGCGUACCCAUAUUGGAAAGCCGAUACCAUAUGAUCCAAACAUAACUGCUGAAGAGCUGGUGAAAAAGGCAAAAAAUGCUUUACAGACUUUAAUAGAAAAAAACCAAAAACAACCAGGAAGUAUAAGAAGAGGUCUGUUGGCACGGUUUCAUAACAAGAAAAAUGAAUAAUUGCAAUGAAAUUUCUGCGUAACAAUGACAGCCUUAUCCUUAUUGUAAUUCUAUAUCCUCAUGCAUUAUUGAAAUAUUGCUACUCUUGUAAACUUGUAAACAGUUAAAAUGAAGCCUUUUGAUGUUGUUAUAUGUGUUAUUUACACAUUUAAUUAAAAUGGGCUCCUGAAAAUUCAAGUUCAGCUGUUUUUGAAGUCUUCCAGGCAACAAUGCUGAAAGAUUUCAUUCUCCUUGGGUGAGUAAUUCAUUUGGGCUUGGAAUCUCACAACUUCUAUGGCCAACAUGGGCUUGUUGCACGUGAUUUUGGACCAAACACAUAUAAUAGAUAUAAUAAUUUAUUAUUAUAUACUAUAAUAUUAUCAUUAUUAUUAAUAAUAAUAUGUUAUUAAUAAUAACAUAUUAUAUCUUGUCUUUCCCUUGAAGCAGAUGAGACAUAAUCUAAAGAUGGAAGACCUGGCCAUAGUUGAGUUAUUAUUUUGUUCAUGUGCACAUUGCUGCCAUACUUAAUCUACAAGAGGGGUAGAGUGAUUACGAAGUCUUAUUCCCACAUGCCUGAUGGAACAAUUCACAUUUCUAAGGUUUAUUUUUCUGGCAAUAAGGUAGACAUUUGUAGAGGACAGAGGGAAUGGCCUUGAAAGACAAAAAAGAAGAGCUGCUACCAAGGCAAUAUUCAGAUGAAAGGGUCCUGAUCCCUAGUCAAUAAACUCAUUUGAAAAAAUAUUUGUUUAAUUCAAAUGAUUUUAAAACUAUUAAAAUUGUUAAAUAAUAUUUUCUUUAAUUGUAUUAAUUUAUUGUGAUUGUAAAAUUUAUGCAGGGGAUUGUUUCAUUAUGUUGAUGUUUUAUUACUAUUGAUGGUAAUAAUAAAUUGGUAAUAAUAAAUAGAGCCUUUGAAG